AUGUUGGCAAAUAAAUCGAUAACGUCGUUGUGCGUGGUGCGGACUGCUCCGUUAGCAGUGGCCGCGCGUGGAAUCGCCAAUAUUCCUGCGCACGAGUAUCACAUUCGAUUCGAUCAGCGCGUUGGACGGAAACGACCAGCCCAGGACGUUUUAGACAGGUUUGUCAUGUUAGAAUUAUGUGAAAAUUAUGAGAGUUGGGCUUAAAAGUUUAUUUUCAACACCAAAACUGAUUUCUUUCAGAUUCAAGCGUCUAAACAACGGAAUGUGGAUUCACGCGCAUCCGGGACGGCACAAGCUCAGAUAUAUGAAAGACGAAACGUGGCAGAAGACGAGUUUGUACUAUGAGACGUGCACGAAAGUACGGUUUUCAAAUAAUUCGUUUUCCUAUUUUUUUAAACCGAAAUUUGCAGGAGCAAUGCGAAAUCUUGGAUAAAUUGAUGACUCCGUACUGGUUGCGCCCGAAACACUACCCGAACGACCCGUAUUCGGCGUACAACGUGCGUCACAACAUCAACUCGCCACGUGUCGACGACCGCGGUAAUUUUGUGCGCGAACGCAAGAAGGUGCUGAUGGACGAUUCGACGGCGCAACGAUUCUUCAAAGAUUUCUAG